CGGCAGGUUGACACAGACGCUGCGGGCUCAGGGAGUGGAGCGUGCUGUCGGCUGGACAUUAUUAUAUACUCAACUAUAAAGCGUUAAGUAUUGACGUGUUUAGUCGAACGUGAAGACAGAAAAGUGGGUUGAAAAAGUGAGAGUUUGUCCGAACAAGCUGCGAAACCGAGGAGAGCCGCGGACAGUUCAAGAAGAGACUCUUUGUAAAAGUCGCAGAGAAAUACGCCGGAGGAAUACCAGAGCCCACAGACAGAGGAGACAUGAAUUUAAAUGACUUCGUGGUGCUUCAUAACAGCAAGGCCAAAUCCGUCAAACUCAAUGCCAGGAACCUGCAAGAGCUACAGAUGGAGACUGUGACUCUGUCCCUGGAGAGCCAAGACAUGGAAGAGAAACUGCAACAGCUGAAACAGAGCAUGAGGAAAGAGAAGGAGGAGAGAGGGCAUUCAGGAGGGUUUAGAUGGACGUCUGGACAAUGUGGUUCUUCAAACAACAAUGUAACAAACAGCGCAAAGAAGUUCAAGGAGAACAGACUCCAGAAGCUGUCAGCAGGCAAGAUGAAGAUCCGAAUGCUGAAGACUGAACCGCUGACAGUCCAGCCUCAGCCGCCCCCUCUGCCUCCUACCAUUGGUCCUCGGACGAUAAGGAAAAACAGGCUGACGGGAACAAUCUGUGGACAGUGUGAAGUCAAGACAGCUGGACUGAGUUGCGUUGAAUGCACGGAGCACUACUGUAUCGGCUGCUUUGCCAGAUUUCACCAGAAGGGGGCACUGAAGCUCCACAGAAUGAUCCCCAUUCAGACAGAACUACAGACCCGUGUGAGCACUCGAGAUGUUGUCGAUUACUAUCCCAGCACCUUUACAAGUCCGGGUCCUUGUUCCAAACCCGGCAUCAGUCACACACCCACGUCCAAUGCAGGUACCAGGCAAGAUGAACAGAGCCCAGAAAAGGGAAGAGAGGCUGUGACAAAACCAAUGCAACUGCACCAUGAUACCAGCCAGGUGUUGGUUGUGAAUUACACAGAAGAGAAAAACUUUGAAUCGGGGAUGAGAAGAGAAGAUGAGAGGGGAUUUCCCAGUUCUCUUCUUAGAGGAGAAUACAAUGAGGUGGAGUCUGCAAGAUCCUUCCAGGAGGCUGUGAGACAGUGGAGGGGACAGACGAGUGAUGGAGCAGGGGAGCCCAUAAGUGAGGAAGCGAUGUGGAUACCUGAUCGCCCAGUAUCAGUGUCAGCCACAGCAACCCAGGCUGACCUCUCUCCAGACAGAGAAGCUGAAGGACAAGGAAGAGGAGGGGGACAAGGCAGGGUACCUCUCAGGGUGGAGUUUAGUGACAACAGCCUUACCUACAUGGACAGGUUGCUUCUCAAGAAGCAACGCAGGACACCAAUCGAAAUGUAUGAUCCUUUGUCAGCACUUGAUCUAAAACCUCAAGCAAACACUGAGGAGGAGAGUAGCCUCACAGCUCAGGAGGAGGAUUUCCGUUGCUACUGUGCAUCAUUGUUUGCAGUCCCUGUCAGUGGGGGCGAGACUCGGGCUCAGAUCACUGCACCUGAACCGUGCCUCGUCAUAGAAUUCCUGGAUGAGACAGACAGAGACAUGAAUGGAGUCUCUGCUGAACAGAGGACGAGCAACAAAUCAAAGGAUAACUUGUUUGAUCAAGUCCCCAACAAAGGAAGAACACUGGUUCCCCAAACAGCUGUGACUAGCGGUGGGUCCUCAAGAGUCAGCCGCUCCUCUCUCAGUCCAUCACGACCAUCCAGUCAGUCCAAAGCACCAACACAACCUCAAGCAGCUCAGAGGCUCCAUCCAUCGGAGCCUCUGACUUCCGAAGCAGAUCACUCAAACAAACCAUUACCCUCUAAAAGUAUGCCAACAGCAUACUUCACUGCUGAGACCCCGAGGACUUCACAGACAUCAAUCCAGACCUCAAAGUCACAAAAGCCCAAUUGUUCCACCACUGUCCCCAAAUCAAAAGCUGAGCAUGGGUCACCACCACGUUUGUCCUCAUUACCACAUCCCGAGGCUAAGAUCCCUAAAUCGUCCCGCUCCCCUCUCUCAUCUCCACCUGAUGUCUUUCCUCUGGCUACCACCAGGUCACCAUUCCCAAACCAGCCUCUCUCCCCUUCUCCGUCCGACACCUUCAUGCUUGGGUCUACCUUCACAGUCUCACCAUCAAGCUCUAUUGAGUCAACUUUGUCUCCCAAAGUUUGCCACUCAACCCCAUUACAACAAAGCUCAGACUCGUCUCUGCUGCCAGAACGAAAACAACCUUCCACUUUAUUCCCAGAAUCAGUCUCUUCUCCAAAGCUUUUUCAAUCACCACCAAACAAUCUGGAGUCCCUAGAGAAAUCCCAGCAUUCCUUGAGUGACCCAGAGUCUCUCCUAUCAGAUAAUCAAUUCCAGCUUCCUCAGUCUUCCAGGCCAUCCCCACAACCAAAAUCCCUGGAACCAAGUCAGUCACAAGCCCUCCCAGCACCACUAAGCGCAACUUUAAAAGCCCCGUUAAGUUUAUCUUUAUUUAAUGAGACCCCACCAGAUGCAAAUUCUAGACGUACGUCAACUCCAACAUAUGGGGAUGCUCCAGUUUUAAUGUCUCCUUGCUCCUUCUCUGGGAACCAUGACUCAACUCUGUCUCAACGAGAUACACAGUGUAUACCUACGCUUUCAUCACAAUCCUUAAAUGUCAUCCAGAAUCAUCCUUUCGCUUUGAAACUAGAGGAGGAAGAGGAGCUAUCAGUGGACAGUGGAGAUGAAAUGUCCAGCGACAGUCUGGGUCCGGCUCCACACAACGAAGGCUCCUCAGAUGAAGAAACCCAGAUGCACGGACGUUUAACAAGAGGGAGAUCCAGAGAAGAAGAGCGGGGGAAUUCUGUCACAUCUCAUCUCGGAGAUUCCUUUGUUCCUACAGAUGCAGACAUAGAAAAGGAUCUGCAGACUGAUGAGCCAGAACAUCUGUCAGAGCCCUACAUGGUGAUGCACAACUGGAGUGCUGGGUCUGGAUCAGAGAAGUCUUGUGAUCUUGAGAGGUUUUCUCCUCUCAGUGUGGAUUUGAGUUCUAGUCUCUCCAACACACCAGAACGCACAAGCUGUGACGCACUGCGAACAUGCCAAACUCCAUCACAUGACUCAGACCCAAAAGACCGAAUAGCCUGUUGA